ACGACACAGCAAAUUUCAAGACCUCAAUUCAUGCCUUCAUUUCGCGCAUGAGAGGUUACAUCUAACAUCGCAACAAUGAUCCUCGAACCUCUCCACAUCCUUAAGCUCGGCGGUUAUCCCUACCUGAUUCAAAUUGUAUCCAAGCCAGCGCGCACGAAGCCCACAUACCUCGUCCCCUUAAUCCUCGAGAACGGCAACAAUAGAAUUGUCUCGAUUAUCCCAUUCGGGGGCCUCGAAUGGCCACUUCCACGAGUGAAGAAGCUGGAGACAUCCUGCCGAGGAGAUCACAAAGAUUUGGAAGUUCUCAUAGAAGAAGAGAUGCAGAGACAUUUCGGAACUACGAAAUUGGAGUACGAGAGGGAGUUGGGUGUUGAAAGGAAGAUCAAGUACAAGAUUUUGUCACUUAUGGAUUGCUUGUCGGGAAAAUACAGUAGACAUUCCUCCAACCAAAGUUCUCUCUUUGCGCAGCAUUCUCUUUGGAUGCAACAAUCCGAGGACUAUCAAUGGCUUCUAAACCAGGGCGCAGUUCUAAAGGGUACUGUGACCAUUGGUGUGAGUGCCGGUUGGAAAAACCUAGGCUCAAUCUCCUUUAAGCUCUUAGGAAUCCAAGUUGAGUCGCGCAUUGAGUCUAGAGAUACAGGCAAGAAGGUUUACACCUUGGCCCCGAGUUCCUCAGAGUCCAUCAAUGUCCAUUCUCCGCAGACUUUCACCACGAGCAGACAUCAACCUGCCAUGCGAUACAAACUUUUCUGA